ACACCGUACCCCUCUUGCAGUCUCGCUCCUCCUCCUCCUCACCCCAUCGCUCCCACAGAUUCAUCACCACCACCGCUUCUCCUCCUCUGCGACCUGGUGGGCAUACAACUUGCAUCGUCGGACCUGGAAGGAUCGAUCAGGGAUGGAAGAGUGCAGUAAGAACAUAUAUUGGGAGGACCUGCAACGAGAUGCCCUAGGCAUCAUCUUCUGCAAACUCUCCCUUCAGGAGAUCCUAAGGGUGGUUCCUGGGGUUUGCAAACCGUGGAGCGAGGUGGUCUCAGGGUCCUACUGCUGGCAGGACAUCGACAUCCAGGAGUGGAGCCAACAGAGCACGCCUGACCAGAUCAUCAGCAUGGUUCAUAUGCUCCUCGCUCGCAGCGCUGGCUCAUGCCGCCGCCUUAGCGUGUCCCGGCUUCCCAACGACUCACUGUUCGCCUUCAUCGCCGACCAUGCGAAAUCUCUCGAGACUUUGGAGAUUCCGAGGAGUGAGAUCAGCGACAGCAUAGUGGAAGAUGUUGCACAAAGGCUGUCCAAAGUUACAUUCCUAGAUGUAAGCGGCUGCACCAAGAUUGGUGCUCGUGCUCUGGAGGCAUUUGGCAAGAACUCCAAAUGCCUCGUCAGACUUCGGCGGGUCAUGCACCCCAUGGAUCUCGUUGGGAAGGUGUGCCACAAUGACGAGGCUCAUGCUAUUGCCUGCAAUAUGCCAAAGCUUUGCAACCUCGAGAUGGGAUACAUGCUCAUCACGACUAAGGCUGUCUUCGAGAUCGCCUCCAAGUGCCAUGACCUCAAGCUCCUAGAUCUGCGUUGCUGCUGGGACGUCGAUGAUAAUCUCUUGCGAGAGAAGUUUGCUGGGCUCAAAAUCCUCUGCCCAAGGGUGGACGACUGCUAUGAGAACAACUUCUGGGAGGAAUGCUCUGAUGACUCAUAUGACGACUCCAUCUACUCAUGGGAACAGUUCAUGGAUGAUGACUACUUCGCCAUGGGGGGAGACGGCGAGGCCAUAUGGGAGGACGAUCACACUCUUGAAGGACAAGAAGUCAUUUUCUAUGGCGGUGUAUUCGGAGAAGGAUUCGCUGGUUUUGACUGGCCCGACUCACCAUGAAGAAGUCUGCAUUAAUAAGUUGUUGAGAGAAGUGAAUUGUCUGCUUGCUCCUGCUGCUCUCUAUAUGUCUCAACUUUAAAACAUUUUCUUCCGUUCUAUGUACUUCUAAGUGUCAAACUCUGUUGUCAUUACCUUGCAGAUAUUGUCUGGUUGUUGA